UUACAGCGGAUCAAUUUUCUUCCCGGGCUGAUUUCAACGACGGACCACUUCCGUUUCCGGUUUAGUUGUCAACACAAGCUCAACGCGUGGUUUUGUAGAUAGACAGGAUGCCGAAGACUCAGAAAGGCAAAGCUCCGGAAAAAGUUGUCCAUCCGUUCAGCAGGAAAGCUGCUUAUCUGAACCGGGAGGAGAUCCGACUCAAGAGGAAAGAGAAGAUGAAAAGUGAAAAAGCAACUCGUCUGAGCAACACAGGUGAGAAGCUGCUGUGGUUUCAGAGUCAGCUGGAUCCAAACAAGACGACUUACACCAAGAAAGACGCCUGUGAGAUUGUUGAAAGGUACCUCCACAGAUUCGAUUCAGAACUUGAACAAAUCGAGUUGGUGAACGGGAUCAAGGGCCGACAGGGUCGCCUCCACGGCGCCCGGGAAGCAGCCAUCAAACAGACCAUAGAGCGAGAGCGGGCGCAGUUCGAGGGCGUCGGGUUAGAGAUCCCAGACGUCAUCAACACGAAACAUCUGAAAACAUUCAGAGAUUGGACUGGAGAUCUGAAGAAACUUCCUAAUAUAAAAAUGCGGAAAAUAUCAAGUAAAGCUUUGGACACAAAGACUGAGACGGAGGAAAAAGACGAGGCGGAGCACGAUGGUGGGAACAAUGAUGAUGAUGAUGAAGAUGAAGAUGAUUUGGACGAGGAGCUCGAUGACACAGUGGAGAUGUCAGAGUCCCACUAAGGCUCACCUCUGUCUGCAUCAGAGCUUCUUCUGUGGAGCUGCUCCACCAGACUGGCCAAAUGUGCGCUGGGUGCUGCUGUACCACAAACGUCCAGAAGAUGGUGCUAGACUCUGAGAUUUAACCACAUCAACCUUUUACAUCUCAUGACUCAAUAACUUCACAGCAGCUUUUUACAGGUUCUACAUUCAUUGUUUAUUGCACAGAAAACAAAAAAAAGGUUUUGUUUGUAACCCGCUGCGUUUCCAAUCAGAGCUAUGAAAGGACUUACAGACGUUUGUGGGUUUAAGACAUUUUAAAGUACGUUCUGUGGCUGAACUGUGACACUGGAAAUCACACCUGUAGAAAACUGGACAAGAAUAAACAACUGUCCCAUUUUAA